GACCCACAAUCAGAAGGAAAGGGUCAGAAAUCGCUUCGAUAGGCAAUGGUUGCACGUUUCCUUCAUUCUUGAAUCCAAACUUUGCCAACAUUCUUUCAUUAAACACGACACCUACUGUCUAAUAAUAAUAGUAUCUAAUAGUCGUUUUAAUUCAUGGAUAGCAGAUUUAGAUAUUUUAUAGCAAUUUGAAGUAACCUUCAUAUCUAACGUUAGUCCGCUGUUAAGCUUACGAGUGAGGUUAGCUAGCUAGCUACCUGGCUAGCUUUAGCUACACGAACUGAGCCUUGCUCUGGGGCAGUGUGCUUGCACUGUCGUUUGAUGGAUCCAAGAAUCGCUUGGUUUCAGCCAGAACAACGAGGGCCAGCCAACAGCCUGUGGAUACAGAUUUGGGAAACAACACAAGGACUGGGGAAUCUGUACUUCAAUAACAACUGUAACACGGGUAGUUUGUCUAACACGUCAAGCCUCAGUACGAAAUCGAACAUCAACGGGACAUUGGGUAACGUGAUCUCGAACAAGAACGGAGCUGUCACUAACAGCGAACCCAGGAACAAGGGAAUGUCCAACUCAACGAAAGACAUAGAUGUGGUCGAACAACGAGACUUUAUUCCGUUGGAAGCUAAUAACAACCACAACAACCGUUCAUCGUUGGGGAGGGGCAGCGGAGGGGGGCAAGUGGGCUCUGGGGUCUCAGGACACCCCAACAAAAGGAAAAGAGACAACAAGGCUAGCACUUAUGGAUUCAACAGUAGCCUCGAGACCGGAGGCUGUGGUUACACGGGAACACCAUGGAAAGUCAAGAACUACUCUGAAGGAAUCUUGGGGCUCCAUGAGGAGAUCAAUGACUUCUACAAGCACAUGUCUCCUCGAGCAGAGGAGGAGAGAAUGAGGAUGGAGGUGGUGGACAGGAUCGAGAGGGUCAUCAAAGACCUGUGGCCCACUGCUGACGUUCAAGUGUUUGGGAGUUUCAGCACGGGCCUCUAUCUGCCAACCAGUGACAUCGAUCUGGUGGUGUUUGGGAACUGGGAAAACCUGCCCCUUUGGACCCUGGAAGAGGCCCUGCGGAAGAAAAACGUGACUGACGAGAACUCCAUCAAAGUGCUGGACAAGGCCACGGUACCCAUCAUCAAGCUGACAGACUUCCGCACAGAGGUGAAGGUGGACAUCAGCUUCAAUGUGAAGAACGGAGUUAACGCUGCCCUUCUCAUCAAAGACUACAAAAAGAAAUACCCAGUGCUUCCGAAGUUGGUUCUGGUGCUGAAGCAGUUCCUUCUCCAGAGGGAUCUGAACGAGGUUUUCACUGGAGGGAUCGGCUCCUACAGCCUCUUCCUUAUGGCUGUCAGCUUCCUCCAGCUUCACUACAGAGAAGAUGCGUGCAGCCCCAAUGCCAACGUGGGCGUUCUCCUUAUAGAGUUCUUUGAGCUCUAUGGGCGCCACUUCAACUACCUGAAGACGGGCAUCCGGAUCAAAGAUGGCGGCAGCUACGUGGCCAAAGACGAGGUUCAGAAGAGCACUGACCUCUACAGGCCCUCCAUGCUCUUCAUUGAGGACCCCCUAGCCCCAGAUAACGACGUUGGCCGCAGCUCAUACGGUGUGUUGCAGGUGAAGCAGGCCUUUGACUAUGCCUACAUAGUGCUCAACCACGCCGUAUCGCCCAUCGCCAAGUACUACCCCAACAACGAGUCUGAGAGUAUACUCGGCAGAAUAAUUCGGGUGACCCAGGAAGUGGCUGAAUACAGGGACUGGAUCACCAAGCUCUGGGGACCACAGUCUCAGAAUGAACCUGCCCUGAAUGGAAAUGAUGUCACACUGUUAGUGAAGCCUCAGCGGCUGGACGAGUGCAACAACAACCUGACGGAGGAGGUGACUGCAUCUCGCAGCAAGACCUCCAACUCCUCCUCAUUAGCGUCAUCCUCAUCCUCCACGGUAUCCAGUUCCAGCGACGUUGAUUCUGACGGGACGCCCUGUAAGACAGUGAAGCAACUGCCUGGGCGGGGCUCCAGCGCCCACAGAGAAUCCUCAGGUGGCGUGACCAAUCACAGAACACAGAGGCACACCACCAGCACUCCUACUGACAACAAGGGGGGCAAGGCCAGGUUGUUCCGCUCGUCCAGUAAAAACACCCACCACGUCCAGCAGAACUCGUCCUCAUCCAACAUCAAGAGCCACCCGAGCAGCAAGCCACACUACCAGGGCAACAGCAAGAAGAGGAAACCUCAGCAGCACUCCGAGGCCCAGGACCUCUGCAGAUAGGGCCGUCUUGGUCUGCUCUGCAACAGACUGACAGCCUGACUGUCCCACUUCUGCUGCCAGACCACAUACUGACUGAGGAGUAGUAUUAAGGAUCUUCCUUCUCUCAAGCGACACGCAUCUUUUUAUAGCUGAAAAAUAACCCAAAAAAAGAAAUGGGAAAUGCUGGGGCUUAGUUCUUGAAAGAAAUGCUCAUUUUCUUCCUUGACAUAAACAUGUUCUACAGUGGAGCUACACACCACAUCCAGUACCUACAAAUCUUGCCUUUUACCAUAGCACCAUCUGGUGUUUUGGAGGAAUAAGUGUCUGGAAAGUAAUGUAGAUUUUGACAAGCAAUACCUGGAACUUGGCUGGUGAACGAACUUCAGCAAGAAAAGUAAAAAAAAAAAAAGAAUAAAAUACACAAAUAACAAAAAUGUACAAAAUGUUAUAUUGAAGAAGAAAAAAAAUACACAGAUUGAAAGACUAAAACCCAAAAUGCAAUCUGUAAGUGGAUACGAUAAUUUUGGUUUUUUUGAUGGGCGGUUAUUUUUUGGUUGUGUAAUCAGAUUAUACAAAGAUUUGUACAAAAAAAGACAAACAUGCGGAAAUCUUUUGAGAAAAAAUUAUCAUAAAAAUUGUUUGACUUUUUACCGGAUAAUAGGCAAAUGUAGAUGUGCACAUUUGACUGCUAAUCUGAGUAGUGGCAGGUUUGGGUUUCAUUACAAACAUAAAUCAUCAGCAUUCUAUUUC